UUUCGUCUCUUCUCUCCUUCGAUCUGUUUCUCUUUUUUUCUUCGAUUAAACUGAAGAUAAAUUUCGAAAAUUAGUUUUAGAGCUCAAGUGUGUGGGUGGUGGUGUGAUACGAUGAAAGCUUCGAUUGGGAUGUUGAGGAGAUUAACGUCGCACAAAGUCGACGCGAAGGAGAAAGGAGAGGUCGUCGCUACAGCCCAGAUUGACGAACUCGAUCGCGCCGGGAAGGAUAUGCAAGACAUGAGAGAGUGCUAUGAUAGACUACUCGCUGCAGCUGCUGCCACGGCCAAUAGUGCUUAUGAGUUCUCUGAGUCAUUGGGAGAGAUGGGUUCUUGUUUGGAGCAAAUCGCGCCUCAUAACGACGAAGAAAGCAGUAGGAUCUUGUUUAUGUGCGGUAAAGUUCAGUUUGAGAUUCAAAAACUUCUUGACACAUAUCGUAGUCAUAUAUUCAAGACCAUUACGUCCCCAUCAGAAGCGCUUCUCAAGGACCUUAGAACUGUUGAGGAUAUGAAGCAACAAUGCGACGAGAAGAGGAAUGUGUUUGAGAUGGCGCUUGUGAAAGAUAAAGGAAGGUCUAAAGGCGGUAAAGGAGAGAGACAUAUUCCUCAUGACUCUCGACCUGCUUACAAUGAGUUUCAUGAAGAAGCAACCAUGUGCAUUUUUCGAUUGAAGUCUCUCAAGGAAGGACAAGCUCGUAGUCUCCUCACACAAGCAGUACGUCACCACACUGCUCAGAUGCGUCUGUUUUACACUGGAAUGAAAUCGCUUGAGGCAGUAGAGCGUCAUGUAAGAGUUACUUCGGAGAAACAACAUAUUGACUGUGAUCUCUCUGUUCAUGAGAAUGAAGUGGAAGCUAGUGAGGAGGAUGAUGAUGAUGACGAUGGCGGUGGCCAAGACAUUAAUAGAGAAGGAGAACUCGGUUUUGCUUACAGAGCAAAUGAGCAGAGGGUAGAAGCUGCUUCUCUCUCAACCCGUGAUCACAGAACGACCAGCCAUUCAGCUCCCUUGUUCCCGGAGAAGAAACCUGAUUUAUCAGAAAGGCUGAGACAGACGAACCCAUCUUCCAACGCUUACGUCUUACCGACACCAAGCGAUUUAAGGCACUCAAAACAAGCUUCAAACCCGAAGCCAGCAAACCAAAGCGCUGGAAACAUAUGGCACUCAUCUCCUUUAGAACAACCCAUAAAAAGCGGGAAAGACGCGGAAAACAACAGCCUCUACUCCCGUCUCCCUCGCCCUUCUACAACAGACACGCAUCAGCAUCAUCAGCAGCAAGCAAGACAUGCAUUUUCUGGACCGAUCAAAGCCUCCUCCUCGUCAAAACCAGUCACCAUCACCGUCACCGACGUUUCCUCAGGCGUGUUUCGUACUCUACCAACUCCUCCUCCAUUACCCCAACCUCAUCUUCAUAUACCAGUCUCCCCUACCUCUUCGCCUCCUCCUGCUUAUUCUUCUUCUUCCCCGAGGCCUAACGAGCUUCACGAGCUCCCGAGACCACCAGGCCACUUUGCACCACCGCCAAGACGAGCCAAAUCCCCUAGUCUCGUUGGUCACUCGGCGCCUCUAACCGGAUGGAAUCAAGAAAGACACAGCACUGUUAACUUUACUCCUCCGUCAUCAGCCACAAACAUUGUGGCCUCGCCUCUUCCGGUUCCUCCAUUGGUCGUUCCUCGAAGCUACUCUAUACCUUCGAGAAACCAUAUAACCGUUACUCAACGAGCUGUCGAUGCAUCCCCACCGUUAACACCAUCGAGCCUCUCUCGGCCACUCGAGUCCAGGGGAGUUGCUCAGACCAGUCAAAUUAGAGAGUACCUUGCUGGGGGAUUUAUUGAGACCACUAUAGGUUAUUAAAUUAUCUUAUUGCAGGAGUAGGAGAGCUGAUCGAACGGUGAAGCUGCCGCAACGCCGGUUGUAGAGAAUCAGAGAUCGCCAUAAGUGAAUACCGUAGAGUCAGUAUAUGCAAUUAUUCUUUAGUUGCUUACUCUUGUUAUCUUUCUUUCUUUCCAUUGUAAAUCUGAAGAAUUUUAUCCCCGUUUUCAUUUCUAAUCCCUUCAAUUUUUCUC